CUAAUAUUGCAAAUUUCAAUCAAAACUUUGCAUAAGUAGAGAAUACUAGUAUUGUAUUCUCAAGUAACUUUAUGUCGCUAAUUUUAUUAAUUUGCCUGUGUGGCAGUCGGCACUACAGGCGCUGCUAAUUAUUGUACAAAACUAGUGAUCACUAUUGGAUGAAAAAAAGUGCCUUCUCAGCCAAGAGAAUACAAGGGACCACAAACUAGCCUAUUUUACCAUUGACCACUCUAGGACUUACAGUGAAAUCCUGCCAUGGAAAAAAAAUCUGGAAUGGCAUCAUCAAAAUCGAAAUCUUCUAAAACUCCUCAACGAAGGGAUGAAAAUCUCCAGCAAUAUCAGGGAGAAAUGUCGGAUGAAGACUCCCCAGGGAUACCUCAGGGUCAGGGGGCCUCCAGCUCCUCCUCACCAUGGGAGAAGGAUAGCCCUGCUGUCAGCAUGGUCAUGAGGGGCCCCAUAUCUAGCAGAUCAGGGAGGUCUACUAAGCAGAGAGAGCUAAAGAAAAAAUCUGAGGCACAGGAUGGAACAUUCAUGGAGUUCUUGACGGACAAAAAAUGGCUUGCACAGAUCAUUAUUUUGGGAUUAGUCCAAGCGUCGAUGACAUAUGCUGUUCAUAGUAGGCUUCAAGGAAGUAUCAAGGAUUUAAAAGCCUGUAGCAGAAGUUCACCUGAGACAGACAAAUCAAAAUUACAAUGUUCAGACUGUAUGUGUAUAGCCACCGAUGGAUUUUCAUCAUCAGAAUUUAAAAAUAUUAUAAAGAAUCAGAAUACAUUGUCGAAUGAGUUGGACCAGAAAACAAAAGAACUUGAAGAUAUGGAAAAAAGACUUGCAGGAAUAGAGAACAUGGUUUCAGAGUUCCCUAGUCCAGAUGACAUGAAGUAUACUGUAGAGAAAUUGAAAGAUUCAAAAGUUGUAUCAGAAAAUCUUCAAUCAGAUAUAACAUCUUCCCUGGAAAAAUUCAUUGAGUCUAGGUUUCAAGAUAAAUUUGAGAGUAUUGAAAGUAAUAUGGGCAAGAAAAUAAAAGAUGAAGUCCAAAAAAAGAGUGACCACGUUGAUAACAAAUUACUGGACAUUCAAGAAAUUUUCAAAGAACAAGUUAAUAAGUCAGAAGUAAAAAUGGCCAGUCUUAUUGAGGACGAAAAGUCUGAGAGGACAACAAAGCUUAAAGAAUUAGAGGGAAAUGUGACUGAAUUAAAAACUUCAGCAUACCAAAACUUUACUGAAGUAGAAUCCAAAUAUAGAGGAGUGGAAGGUCAACUAAAAUAUUUCUUCAGUGAAAUUAAAGAUAUCAAUAUCUACAUCGUAGGAUUUCUGUUAGUUCUGGUGAUGGGUGUCAUUUUUGUUGCCUAUAAAAUCCUGCUUCCAAGAUUACCUCCAGGUGGGGACCAGAUAAGACAGGUGACACAAGUCCGUGAUCCACCACCGAGGUCCAGGGUGGGAGGACAGGGUACUCCAGUUGAUAUUGAUAGAAUCACCAAGAGACCACUAGAAAGAAGCAUUGGAAUUAUUAGUUUUAACACUUCUACACAGCAGUUUCAUCAAAAUCUGAUUAAUAAAGUUCCUAAGCCUAGGUCUAUGGAUGUACAUCCUGGCCCUAUCCAAUGUUUGAAUGAUAUCCUAAGAAUUAAGCCCUCUAAGGUUGUGUUUGUAUUUGUUGACUUUAACGAGAGGAACAUCAUUCUGGAGGACCCGGAGACAGAAAUAGGUGACCUCCGCAGACUGACCACUCAAGGACUCCUCAACAUGGGAUCUGAUGUUUUUGUUGUGUAUGUGAGGGAUAGAGGCUCGGAGACUUUAGGACCAGGCCAGCUGUACAACCCCCAGCUUCACUCUAUUGGACAUCACUCUCUACUCUCCCAACUCAAGGAGAGAAACCGAGUGUUGUCCGUCUAUAACAGCUUCCUCCCACACCAGGUCAAGUUCCUGGAGGACUCUCUCAAAAGGUUGUGAUUCCUUAUUCCGUGUGACUGCUGUGAUAUGUUUGUUAUCCACUCACAACCAAGUUGGAGGGGAUUUAGUAAGGCAAUAAUGUGUGUUCAUUUGUGAGUGAGUUAUUGAUGUACAAAGUGGAAGUUAUGUAAUUUGCAUCGGGAUGAAUGUUAAAUGCUGUCUUGAUUUAAAGAUAUUCUCUUUGGAAGAGGAUGUUCUGCUUUUCUAUGCCAUUGCUUUAUAUUUGUGACAUUUCAAAUGAUGUGGUAUUCUUACAUGUAUUUUGGUAAUUUACUUAGAGAAAUAGAAAGAAAAUGCUUUGUGUUUAAAAUCAUGUACUCAUUGACAAUAUAUUAAAUUUUGAGCAAUGAGAUCUAUUUAAUAUAUUCUUUCCUUGUUGUUUUAAUUGAAUUUGCUGCAAAUGUU